AUACAUCCGUUCCAAACACUAGCUUUAAAUUGUGACAGGUAGCCCCAGAGGGAAAGAAAAAGACAAGAGUGAAGAACGCAGGUGUCAUACCCUGAAGACCCCGGCGCCCUGUCCCCCACCCCACUCUCUCAAUGGCCAUCUCUUUAAACACUCCUCUUCCCUUCCGCUUCCUCUCAGGCUCACCACCCCCAUUCCCCCUUUCUAAUUUAACCCCAAUUUCACCCUCACUCAACCAUAAUCGCCUGAGUUCUUCCAGGUUCAACUUCCCUGCACCAACAACCAACCUCCCCACCAUCAACUGCGAUUACACUGCUUUUGAAGUUAGAGAUGUUAGCUAUCAGCCUCCGGGGACUCAGCUUAAGCUACUGAAUUCAGUUAGUUUCUCACUUCCGGAGAAAAGUUUUGGUCUAAUUUUCGGACAAAGUGGAAGUGGGAAAACAACACUCUUGCAGCUUCUUGCAGGAAUAAGCAAAUCGACCACUGGAUCCAUUUACAGCCAAAAGUAUGGAAAUGAUGGAAAUCCUAUCCAGCCUCCUGAGCCUUUGUCACCAGAAAGAGUUGGUAUUGUCUUCCAGUUUCCUGAGAGGUAUUUUUUAGCUGAAACUGUGCUUGAUGAAGUCACUUUUGGGUGGCCAAGGCAAAAGGGUAGCUAUCAAUUGAGAGAAAAUCUUGCUUUAGGGCUUCAAAGGGCAAUUAACUGGGUUGGAUUGAAUGGGAUAUCAUUGGACAAAAAUCCUCAUUCCCUUAGCGGCGGUUACAAACGGCGCCUUGCUUUGGCAAUUCAAUUAGUGCAAAUCCCUGAUCUAUUGAUAUUGGAUGAGCCUCUUGCUGGACUUGAUUGGAAAGCACGCGCAGAUGUUGUGAAGCUUUUAAAGCAUCUAAAAAGGGAGUUAACUGUUCUUGUUGUCAGCCAUGACUUGAGUGGCUAAGUGACAAAUUCAAACCUAUCGAUACUAUAUAGGAGUUUGUGCGUGCUGUGAACUCAUAACAGUCACUCAGUGCCUCUAUUAUGACCUAGUGGUCCAUUGUUUAGGUGUUGUAAUUUUUCCAGUUGAUCCUCAGUGUUUUGUGAAAUCUUUAGUUUUUUAUUUUAUAACAAUUUGUCAUAAACAUCUCUAAUGUUCUAUUUAUUCCACCUGGCUACAAUUAUGGCAAUGUGCUGAGCACUACAAAAAUGGUACAAAUGUUGAGAGGUUACGUGAACCAAUAACAAGAAGUGGAGUGAUAAAGUAAUUAGUGAAAAAUGGAGGAUUUAAUGAUUUAUGCACACCGCAGAUUAUAUUGAUUGAUUUCAUAAUUCCUUUGGAUGGGGAUCCUAUAAUUUAUACGCUGUUGAUGGUUUUAAGGACUUCAAGGAUAAAAGCAACAUGGCAUCCCUAAUUAAAUCCACUUUCUUUCUAAGUUGUUCAACCAAAGAAAGUAGCCCUCAUCAUCCCAACCCCAUACAUCAAAUUAUGGAUCACCCUUUGUAGGAUCAGUUCCCUCAAUGUGCUUUAACUUCAUAAAAUCUUUGAUACUGUUUAGCUGACCUGCGCCCACAACAAUUAAUAUUUCCUAUUAAGGUGAUAGCCAUAGUUAGGGUGUAGGACUGGAAUGUCAUUUAGCUUUGCAGUUUAAACUGGGUGUGGGUUAGCUAUGAAGGGCUAUUUUGGAGUUUUCAAGUUCUGUUUUGGAUGAAAAUGGGGAUCCACGGCAUAGCAGCUUGAAGGUGGUCGGUAGUGGUCGAAGGUGAAUAGGGCAUGUGUCCUCUCUUACGACAGUUAUCCUUACACUAGCAAUGGAGUAAAGGUCCAAAAUGACUCUUGAAAUUCGCACCGUGCCUCAAAAUGGCCCUCAAAAUUUCAAUUAACCUAAUAUGGACCUGCAGAUUUCAAUUCGUGACUCACAUUAACUCCUAGGUUCAUCUCCGUUAAUAGUGUUCUGAGUUGGCAGUUAAGUUGUCAUGGGGGUCCAAUAAAAAACGACACUGUUAUGUGGUGGAUGCAAGUUAAUGUAAUGUUAAAAUACGUCUUUUCCCCAAAACAAAUUAUCUUUCUCAGCCAAAACCAUUGACUCUUUCUUUCCUUUCUUUUAUGGCGACAUCAUAAGCGAGCUUGUUGCUGCAACCUUCCUGUACCCAAAGCGUUCUGUAUCAUUCUGUUGGGGUUGAAUUAACGAGAUGAACCUAUAGACUAAUGUGAGUUACGAAUCAAAAUUUGGGAGCAUAGAUUGGGUUAAUUGAAAUUUCAGGGAGUCAUUUUAAGGCACGAUACAAAGUUUUGGGGCCAUUUGGGACCUUUACUCCAAGCAAUGAGAAUGAUGGGGUUAGUGGAAGCUGGAAUGCAUGCUACCACAUAGUAGAGUGAUACAAAUCAUGUGGCUAUAUAGAGAUACAUUCUCUUGCUAGAUUCUAGCCUUCUAGGUAACAUGCUAAGAUAGAGAAGAUCAUGCCGAAACCUCUAGUAAAUGUUCAUAAAAAAUAAAUAAAUAAGAAAAACCAUAAAUGGUUACUCAGAACUCAAAAUUCAAAUUAGCUUUGACUUAGACUAAGGACAAGAGAACAAAAUCGAGUAGGCAACAAAAUAGGGUUACUCUUGCCAGGUUUUAUAUUCCAUGCUAAGAUUAAGGUGCUCAUGUUGAAAUAGGUCUUUUGGUUACAUAUA